UUCUUGAUAUAUGAAGGGGUUGAGAAUUUGCAAUCCCAAGCCAGCUCCCUCCCAAUGUGCCUGUUGGAACCACUGCCCAGUGACUCCUCUGGCCCUGGGGGACUCUUCACACCUUGGAGCCUCCCCUCUAGCUUUCCAUUUUAAGGUGGUGUUUGCAACAGCAGCUACACCUUCCUAGACAGCCAGGCAGCCGAAGCUGAUGGAUCACUUGCUGUGCUAUGAGCCCCGUGGCCUGCAGCUGAGAGAAGACUCAGGUUAGCCCACGAUGCCUCGCUUGCUGCUCCAGUCAUACAGGUCACAGAUGAUGGAGUUUCUUGAGAAGUUUGAGCAUUAUUCUUCCCUGGCCAAACUCCUCUCAAUCUACCAAGCAACCAACAGGACGACCUUCAACUGGACAGACAGCCGCAUAGUCGAGUGGCAGAAGUUUGCUGAGCUGGCUAAAUACGAGCCAGAGUCCCAGAAGCCAAUGGUGAAAGCUCUCCUCAUCGUGGCGUACUCGGUCAUUAUCAUCAUGUCUCUCUUUGGGAACAUGCUGGUGUGCCACGUGGUGCUGAAAAACAAGAGGAUGCACUCGGCUACCAACCUCUUCAUUGUCAACCUGGCUGUGUCGGACAUCAUGAUCACGCUGCUCAACACACCUUUUACCCUGGUCCGGUUUGUGAACAGCACGUGGGUCUUUGGCAAGGCCAUGUGCCACAUCAGCCGCUUCGUGCAGUACUGCUCCCUCCACGUCUCCACGCUGACCCUGACAGCCAUUGCCCUGGACAGGCACCAGGUCAUCCUGAACCCUCUGAAGCAGAGGAUGUCACUGACAAAGGGAGUGCUGAGCAUCUCUGUCAUCUGGCUGAUGGCAACCUGCUUCUCCCUACCCCAUGCCAUCUAUCAAAAGCUUUUCCAGUAUAACUACAGGGAAGCCACUGUCCGCAGUUUGUGCCUCCCAGACUUUCCCGAGCCUGCAGAGCUAGUCUGGAAGUACCUGGACCUGUCUACCUUUCUCCUCCUUUACCUCCUGCCUCUGCUAAUCAUCACUGCCACCUACACGCGGCUGGCCAAGAAGCUGUGGCACCGCAACGCCAUCGGGGACGUCACCACCCAGCAGUACCUCGCCCACCACAAGAACAAGAAGAAGAGCAUCAAGAUGCUGGUGCUGGUGGUGGUGGUCUUUGCCGUCUGCUGGUUCCCUCUCAACUGCUACGUGGUGCUCAUCUCCAGCCUCGGCAUCCAGACCAGGAACUCUCUCUAUUUCGCCCUGCACUGGUUUGCCAUGAGCAGCACCUGUUACAACCCCUUCAUCUACUGCUGGCUGAACGACAGCUUCCGCUCCGAGCUCAAGUCCCUGCUCUGCAUGUGCCAGAAGGUGCCUGGGCCCCAGGACAACCUGCUGCCACCCAUGGUGGCAUCCUGCCGUGAGGCCUGGAUGGAGCAGGCCAGGCAGAGGAAGGGACCUGCCUCGCAGACCGCUUGCUCCGCCGUAAACCUCCAGACAGCCAACACAGACCUGUGAGCCCAAGGCUGAGGUGAGUGAGCUGCCUUUGGUGGACAUCACAGGGCAUCUCCCAGUUUCUCCUCAGGAGCUGAGGGUGCUGCUCUGACUUUUGACUUGUCCCAGAGUCACACUUGCUUCCCUCCACGCAGAGCCUCUCAGGCACCCUGCCUGUGUGCCCACAGCUGGCCCAAGAGCAGGUGUCUGCAGGGGGCAUGGUGAUCUGUGGACAGGGAGUCUUGCUUUCAGGGGGUCCCAUCUCAUAACUUGCAGAGGGAGUGGGACCCAGGUUUCUCUCCUUUCUUCUGUUGUCCCAAGCCACUGGCCUUGUCUUGUAACAAGUGUCACGACAUGAAGGCUUUGCUGAGCAGCAGCACUGGACCCAUUCUGACUUGUUUGAAGGAAGGAGUUGGACACCCAUGUUGAUUACCUCUAUAUGGAGUUUUCAACAGGUAACUUAUACCAAAGCCUCCCAGCAGAGGUAAGAGUCAAUCAAUAGCAAUUUCCCCUUCUUGCUCCUUCUGCCCCAGCUCUAUCCCAUCCCUCAGCCACAUCUGGAAGCCAGCCAUGGUAAGAGGCAGCAGGAAGCACUGUCUGUGGCAGAGCACAUGUGUGGGGACGCAC